AGUAAUGCUGUGUUGAAUAACUGAGGCUCAUUGAAUACUGCUAACAGGUGCUUUUACCAGUAUGCCUUAACACCUAUUGAAUAUGACCACACAGUACACUAAUAAUAAUGCAUUCAGGGCUCGAUUUAAACUAAUUUCAAAGGAUUAAUUUGAUUGUUCCAGGUAUUAUUCAUACAGGAUAAUUCACUGUGGAUCAAUUGUUUCUAUUGUACAUUGUCCUCAGCUUUACUGAUUUUACAUUUGGCUAGGCAAAGACAAUGCCCCUUCCUCCUGGUCUACAAAAGAAAAUUUAUGUUCAUCAGAAACAGCUUCUGUCAGAAUCCUUGCUUCUUGAGUUGGAAGAGUUUCUGAAAAGAAAAGCAUCAAGAAAAAGAAAUGAGUGGCACAUGAAUUUUAACAAUGAAGAAAAUAUAUUGAGCUUUCACAAAGAUGAAAAUGUUCGCAUUGAAGAUGAAUUGGGGCUAGAUCAUCUUAAGCUGUUGGAAGAGAUAUUUGCCAAACACAUCCCAAGAGAUGGAGGAGAAAAGCCGACUAAGAAAAAUGCAGGUCUUUGGUGGAUCAAGCGUAGCUCAAAGGCAGCAACUCGUCAGCCAGGAAACAUGACCCUACAUGAGUUCCAGGAAGCACUACAGGAUAUGCUGGGGUCAGAUCAGUGGAACAGUCAAAUGGAAUUACUGUUCAAUAAGGUUGAUACUGCAUGUGAUGGAUUUGUUGACUGGAGUGAAUUUUGCACUUACAUGUUGCUCCAGUACAGAGAGAAAGAUUAUGUAACAGCCAGAAAAGAAACGUUUGCCAAACGAGAUCCACUGAUUAGGCACUGUGUUUACAACAAGCAAGAACCAACCACAAGGAUUUUAGCCAUCACUUCUCCUCCACCCUUGUAUUUUGUGAGUGUCAGUAAAGAAGGAAGCCUGACAGUCUGGGAUAGUUCUCUGCACAUCCAAAGGAUGUAUGAGCUUUCCUCAGAAUCGAGUGAUACGUAUACAGGCAAAAAAAUAUUUAAAUCCUGGGCCACUGAUGCAGUUUAUAUGCCAGAUGUACACAAAAUUGCUGUAACAACAACUAGCCGAGAUAUUCACUUUUUUGAUGUCUCCACAACAAACUAUUUUGAAGAGUUUCAUUUAUUUGCCCUCAGCCAUGUUCCAAAGGCAUUGUACUAUUGGCAUGAUGGAAAAUUCUCAGGAAAUCGUUCUUUGUUGCUCUGGGGAGAUGACACUGGUGAUGUACACCUAUUAUGGUUUCUGAAGCCUCACAAAGGAAUGUUUGAAAAACCAUUUACAGAUGAAGAGGGACCUCAAAAAAUCUUCAUUCAGGACAUGAAAGAACAUUUUAAACUACUGAGUUAUGAAAUAAUUUCUGAAGUUCUUCAGGAAGCAAUAUGUAGAAUAAUGUAUGUUCCAGAGGGAGAUCUUAUCAUUGCCUCAAGUGGCAGUUCGGUAAUUAUUGCAGAUAUCGAAAGAAAGAAAAAAGCUUAUACAUGGAAAAUCAACAAGGGAGUAACCUGCUUUGACUUCAACAAAUCCCUUAAUCUGCUGGUAACAGGUGGAAUGGACCACAAAGUGCGCCUCUGGAAUCAGUAUGUUACAAAUCGACCAAUAGCACUUCUCCAAGGUCAUUAUAUGGCAAUCUUAGAUGUGGCCAUCUAUGAAUCCCUUGGACAGGUAUUCAGUUUCUCCAAAGACUCGAUUUUAAAGGUUUGGGAUAUUUCUUCAGAGAACUGCCUUCAGAGUCUGGUUUUGAAGUUUCCUUGUGUACAGCCUGGCCACUUCAUAGAGUAUGGCGAGUUCCCCUUCCUUCUUGUGACACAAGAUCCUCGUGUUCUUCUUGUGUCGUGUGCUGAUUAUAUAGCCAUGCUCAACCUGGACCAUACCGAUCUAGAGAAUGAAACACAUACUCACAGUGCACCGCUUUGUUCCGCUAUUUAUAACUCAUUCUUCUGCCAGGUGGCUACAGGUAGUGAUGAUUCCACCAUUACACUGUGGGAUGUGAAGACAGGAACCAAAUGCCUGUUGCUCAACAAUGUCCAUGGCAAUGAAGAAAUAACAUGCAUGGCUUUUGACAGUCCACAGAGAAGACUAAUUACUGGAGCAAGAAAUGGCACCAUAAAGAUUAACCCUACUGGGCAGGGCUCAUUUUCAAAGUGGACUGAAGAAAUAUAUUAUACAAUUAAGACACAGGGCCAGAUGCCAAAAGACCUGCUUUCAUUAGACCCUACAUCAGGCAGUGAAGACCAACCACUGGAAAUGAAAGCAAAUAACAUGAGGCCUAAUUCUCGGCACAGGAUUAAACACAAAAAAGAAGAUGGACUACAGCCCCCAGUAGACAAAUUACUUUUUCUUCAGAAUCGAGCAUCAAAUGAACAUAUGGUGGAAAGUGCAAUCCUCCUUAGUUCUGAAGCAGGAUUCCUUUACUGGUGGAGUAUAUUUGGUUCCAGAAGAAAAGUGGGCAGAUAUUAUGCGCCAGAGAAGACUGAUGAAUCCAUACUUGCACUGUCAGCCAGUCCAACAAAUAAUGUUCUUGUAUCUGCUGACACCUGUGGAUAUGUCCAUGUCUGGGAUAUUUCAACGUUUGGAAUGUCCUCUUCCCACAGGAGACUUUCCAAGAAACCUCCAUUACUAUACAGCUGGAAGGCUCAUGAUGGAACUGUUGUCAGUGCUGAAUAUUUCACAUUUGAGUUGUCUCCAUUUAUCAUCACUGGUUCCUCUGACAGAACUGCAAGACUAUGGACAUCAGAUGGUAAAUAUGUGGGAACAUUUGGCCAGGAGAAAAAAUGGGACUUAAAAAACCCUGCAACAUAUCUUCAUCCCAAGGACCCAUGGGGACAGGUAAAGGAAGUAAGCAGAAAGAAAUCACUCCAGAGAGAACAACAAGCAAUCAUUAAUGUUCUCCUUCAGGGAGAGGCAAAAGCUGCUGCAAGCAAUGAGCAGAGAAAGGAGGGGAUCCUAAAAGAAAAUGACAGAGGAAUCAUGAGCAUAUUCCAGAAAGGCGAAGAAGAAGAAGCUAAUACAUCUGCAAGCAGUGGGUGCAACCAACGUUCAUUCUCAUGCAGUCAGAUUAGCUUCAAAGACUUUGAUAAUCAGAAAUGUGGCAAAGUUUCACCAGACACAUGCAGCAACGGUAAACUGGCACCCACAUCUAAGGCCUUAACAAGACUGCCUGAGGAGAAAGGACUGCUGCACAGAGCAAUGGAAAAGAAACAGCGUCGAAGUAGACUUGGGGAAAUUAAUGUAAAAAAGCUGUCAAGAUUUGGAACUAUCUGCUCACCAUUUCAAGCACUCACUAUUCCAGAUGUACAGGAAAUCACUCUACCACAAGACUUACCUAUGAGCUCCCGUAUGCUAAAUGUUGGUAUGACGUGCACCACUGAAUCAGAGCUACGGACAUUGCCACUAACAAAACUUGAUCAGGAGGAUGAGAAUGAAAGUGAUAAAGAUUUAAAACAGAUGUGGAAGGCACCCUUCUUACCAGAGAAACCACCAGUGUUUCCAUUCAUUGACUGCACAGAAUUAUCUGUAAAAAUACAGCAAUAAGCCUUUUAAACUCAUCUAUUUUUUUUCAUCUUAAAGUUCAGUUUAGAUUAGUUGAAAGUAAAUAUUAUUAUUCAUAAACUGGAAGCUUGAACUCUGACCAUUUUAUCACACAUCUCUCCCUAUUCAGAACAUUCAGCAUUGACCAAAGAUAUCCAUAAUGAAAAUCAGUCACAUAUAGCCAAAUCCCUAUGAACUACUUUAGAUACUUAACAAUAUUCCUAAUAUAUAUUCUAUUAAAAUAAAUCUGUCUUUGUUUUUCUGUGUGUCUGAUGCAGUUUGCAGAAAUAAGGCAGCAAACUUCUAUUGAUGUGAAGUGUGUUCAGCAUGUGUGUCACUAAUCAAAUUGAUAGCCCUGUCUUGCUAUACAUUUCUAUACUGAAUCCUCAGGCCAUUCAUGCAGUUAAGUGUGCAAAUAGUCCUGGGCACAACUUCCAUUUUGUGCAGCUGACUCUUUCGCAAUAGUGCAAAACAUUAGGCAAGGAAAACUAGGAUGCAGUAUAAAGGGUUUGCCGUACUGCUUAUAUCCCUCCCAUUCUCAUUUUUGUACUCACUACACAUUUUCCAUACGUUCCUAACUCUCAUGAGUAGACCUGUACGAGGUCACCCAUUCUGACACAGCGACACAUGCCAAAUGUAUUGCUCCAGUACCUUUAACCAUUCUGUUACUUUAUGUGGAGCAUGGGAAACAUCAGUGGAAGACAGCAGACAUCAUAUCAGAUAUGUUCUUGUAGUCUACUUUCAGUAUAUGCACAGCUGUGCUUAAAGGGCCAGGACCAUGGACAGACAAUCGAGGGUGGACAGUGGUCAGUUUUGCCAGUCUAUACAUUCUCUUCCAGGUCAGUCAUCAAAUUAUUAUUUGCAUGUUUGUGCAUUAAGGUAUGUUUUUCAUGCAGAGUACUCAAUGGAUACUUUCAGUGAAGAGAUGUCUAUACAGGGAUGUGGAAUGACUGCUACAGAGUUUCUUACCUUUAUAUUUUUAGGGCUAAUUAAUUAUGACUAAUUAUCAAUACCAAUUCAGAAUUACUUUCAUUACUGCACUUUUUAUUAAAAGUAAUCACACGUAGGCUAAGAAUUUAUUUGCAUUUAUAAUUCUGUGAAUACACAAAAAUUGAAACAGAGCUUCGCCAGUUUGAGCAACUAACUUCACUUUUAGCAAGUACUGCUCACAGUAUAGUGAGAAGGUUUAGGCCAAUAGUUACCAAAUCAUUCAGCACUGCAUGACUGCUGAGUGUUUUUGUUUUUUUUCUGGUGUAUGCAACAUAGUUAUGUUUGGUGCCUGCUUACAUGUAAAUAUAAGUGAGUUAAACUGAAAGCAAGUGCUAUAUGGCAAGUGUUGUAAAAAUCUGACAAUACAAGAUGGCAUUUCCUUAACAGUAAAUGAGCGAUAAAUGUAAUGAAAAGCUUAGUCUGGGCGGAAGCAGUGGUGAAGUUUCUGUAAGCUGUAGCCAAGAAUGGUGCACACACAGUUUAUGGCAUCCAUAAAGUUAGUUGUCGUGAGCUGUGGUCUCUCUUCAGUCACAUGAUGAGUAAUAACCAAGAAACGGGUGUCCACUGCUGUAACUAUUAUGUCAAUCUAUUGCAUGUCUGUCUUUGACUUUUAUGGUAGCCAUUGAAGUCAUGAAAUAUGAUGCCUUUUUUAAGCAUGUUUCUCUUUGCACAAUUGAGCUUUCACAGAAUACUUAUGAUUUGUCUCAUCCAAUACUAACUGAUUUGCUUUUCAGACACUCUAUGGUAUAUGCAAUAUUCUUUGCCAGCACCAAAAUUCAAAGGUGUCAGUUUACUUGCUGUGUUGUUUUUAUUGUAAGACCUUCACAGUCAUAUGUUGUUAUUGAAAAUACAAAAACAAAAACUCAUAAACACAGUUGCCCAUUGUGUAAUGUGCUUGGAAAUCAAUCAAACAAAUGCAAGAACACAAUCCAUCAUUAAAAAGUACACACCACAGCAAUCAAAAACAGUGCAGUUGAUUUUAUUUCUGGUCCAUAGUUUGAAAGACAAACUAAUUUCAGUACAAAGCCUUCAUCAGUUUCUUGUUCCUUGUUCACUUCUGUUUCCUGAAUACAGCUUGCACUUUUCACAAUUCACAUUCCACGUACA